GGGCAAGGCCGGGGUAUGAUGAAGUCUACUGUGGACACGCGCAAAAUGUACAUACGGAGUAGUAAAGAUAUUAAUAGAGUAGUAUAGAUUUCUUGUUUUUAUUUUUAUUUUAUAUAUCCACGUGGAAGUUCAUUAUCACACGAGCUAUUAAUUGCAAAUUAAUUUUUAUUUCCCUUACUAAUAAAUGUUUCAUCGUUCUAUUAACCGGACCAUCCUAUGCUUAAAAAAGAAACACGAACACGAGGGCGGCGAUUUUCCAAUAUGCUGCAGAUCCAAAGAUGAGGAACGGCGUAAUGAGGUGUGCAAUGCGGAUGGAUCUUGGUGCUGCCUACGCCGCUUGGGGUAAGAAGGUUUAGGACCGUCUUGGGACAACAAAGAUGAGGUACGGUCGACAACGAAGGCGGCGACGCUUGGGACCGUCCCUUCUCCGAUUGUCAGCCAACCAAGACGGAGGCGGAUCCUCCAGCUCGGCGAGACGAAUCUCCUUCCCCGCCGAGGCCUGCUGGCGACGCCGCCGUUCCUGGGUCGCCGGUGCACGCGCCUUGUCGUCGCUUGCUUCCAAAUCGCCGCUGCCUUGGAUCCGCCCGAACUGCUCGGCGGGGCAAUAAAUCGGACGAAGAUUGCUCAUGCACGGCUUCGGUUGCGCCGGAGCAAGAUCCGGCACUCAUGGAUAGCAUCCAGGGAGAGUGGGACGGCGCCACGGCAAGCCGGAACUUGCUGUGUCCGCCGCCGAAGGAGACUUCCUUGGUCCGGACGAGCGCGCGACGGAAGGAGAGAGGAGAACCACUGUCGCCGCUAAACAAGGGGAGGGGAGGAGUGCUCGCGGGAAGCGCGUUCAAGACAGUCUGAGGUGCAGAUGCCUCUUCCAUUUCCUCCACGUUUGGAGCUCAAACGAAGCACAACUGAGCUUGUGGCCCACAAGCAAGCGACCUCAAUCCCGCUUGCCAAUGCUAUAUUAAGCUUGUUCAUCCUGCAGGCAAAAGGUUACCCAUCAUUACCGUUAGUUAGGCACCAUGCCAUUUUUAGGAUAAUCAGCAAUCUCCUCGCAUGUAGCUGGUCAUCAUCCGUCCUCCUUGGUUUAGUUUGUUCUCCAAUGGAUCCUCCAAAUCCAAUGCGCUUAGCGGCACUUCUCUCCCUCUGUGCUGCCGUCUUCUCCUUCGCCUUGCUUCUGGUAAGCACCGCCGUCGCCCACAAUGACCUCGGCGUGCACAAGAACUACCUCAUCAUCGUGCGCACGCCGUACGAGUAUGACCGGAGCAUGUUCAAGGACGUGUCGAACUGGCACGCGUCCCUGCUCGCGUCCGUGUGCGACAUGGCCGAGGAGGAGCUCAACGAGGAUCCGGCCGCCAUGGCGCGCCUCAUCUACUCCUACCGCCACGUCGUGAACGGUUUCUCGGCCCGCCUCACCGUUGAGGAGGUCCGCGAGAUGGCAGACAAGGACUGGUUCGUUAAGGCCAUGCCAGAGAAGACGUACAGGUUGAUGACCACCCACACGCCGCAGAUGCUCGGGCUCAGCGGCAGAGGCUUCCACGGCGGUCUGUGGGACAAGAGCAACAUGGGCGAAGGGAUCAUCAUCGGCGUCCUCGACGACGGCAUCAGCCCCGGACACCCGUCGUUCGACGCGACGGGCGUCCCGCCGCCGCCGGCCAAGUGGAAGGGCCGGUGCGACUUCAACAGCUCCGUGUGCAACAACAAACUUAUCGGCGCGCGGUCGUUCUACGAGUCGGCCAAGUGGAAGUGGCAAGGGAUUGACGAUCCGGUGCUGCCCGUCAGCAUGGGCUCGCACGGGACGCACACGUCGAGCACGGCGGCCGGCGCGUUUGUGCCCGGCGCGAACGUCAUGGGCAACGGGAUCGGGACGGCUGCCGGCAUGGCCCCCCGCGCGCACAUCGCGCUCUACCAGGUGUGCUUCGAGGACAAGGGAUGCGACCGUGACGACAUACUGGCAGCACUCGACGACGCCGUCGAUGAGGGCGUCGACGUGCUCUCCCUCUCACUCGGCGACGACGAGGCCGGUGACUUCGCCUACGACCCCAUCGCGCUCGGGGGCUACACCGCCAUCAUGAAAGGCAUCUUCGUCAGCGCCGCGGGUGGGAACAUGGGCCCGGACUAUGCAACGAUUGCCAACGAGGCGCCUUGGCUGCUCACAGUGGCGGCAGCGACAACUGACCGGAGGUUCGUCGCCUCCGUAAGGCUUGGCAAUGGAGUCGAGCUCGACGGCGAGUCGUUGUUCCAGCCACAGGGUUUCCUAAGCGUGCCGCGGCUGCUGGUAAGAGACCUCAGCGACGGCACAUGUUCCGACGAGAAGGUCCUUACGCCGGAGCACGUCGGAGGAAAGAUAGUAGUCUGCGACGCCGGUGGCAACUUCACCGCACUCGAGAUGGGCGCCGCCCUACGCGCAGGCGGUGCAGCCGGUAUGGUCGUCAUCACCAUCGAGGAAUUCGGCUCGGUGGUCCAACCCAAGGCGCACGCGCUCCCGGCGUCGCAGGUGACUUACGCCACAGGGCAGCAGAUCAGGGCCUACAUGAACUCCACAGACAUCCCGACGGGCGAGCUGAUUUUCAAAGGAACCGUGCUGGGCAACCGCGACUCGCCAGUGGUGGCGCCGUUCUCGUCGCGGGGGCCAAGCAAACAAAACCAGGGGAUCCUGAAGCCGGACAUCACCGGCCCUGGAGUGAGCAUCAUCGCCGGCGUCCCCAAGCCGGCGGGGCUCAUGACGCCUCCCAAUCCACUGGCGGCCAAGUUCGACGUCUUGUCCGGCACGUCCAUGGCCACGCCGCACCUCAGCGGCAUAGCCGCGGUGCUGAAGAAAGCGCACCCUACAUGGACGCCGGCGGCGAUCAAAUCGGCCAUUAUAACGACGGCCGACCCGAAGAACCGCCGCGGGGAGCCGAUAGCAGCCCAUGACGGGUACCCUGCCAACCUGCUCACGGUGGGCGCCGGGUUCGUCGAACCAAUGAAGGCCCUGACGCCGGGGCUCGUGUACAACCUGACGGCGUUGGACUACAUCCCCUACCUGUGUGGGCUCAGGUACACCGACCAAGAGAUCAACUCGAUCAUCCACCCGCUGCCGGCGGUGUCGUGCGCGCAGAUGGGCGUCGUGGAGCAGAAGGACCUCAACUACCCGUCCAUCACCGCGUUCCUAGAGCAGGAGCCCUACGUCGUUAAUGUCACCCGCGUCGUGACGAACGUUGGGCGCGGCACCUCCUUGUACGUCGCCAGGGUGGAGAUGCCGAGCACGGUGUCGGUGACAGUAACUCCGAGAGUGCUCCUGUUCAAGAAGGUGAACGAGGCGAAGGGGUUCACGGUCACCAUCGGGUCUAUGGACACAAGUAUCCAGAAAGGGAUCGCCGAGGGGCACCUCACGUGGGUCUCACCCAAGAACGUAGUGCGCACCCCGAUCCUCGUCUCGUUCAAGAAGUUCGUCACGGAUAACUCCACCACAGCUCAUCUUAGACAUUGAUUGUUAUAGUUCCUGAAGACCAGCAGACUACUAGAUCCCAAAGGUUGAUGCAAUGUCAGCUUCCGACUUUUGCUUUGCAUAUAAAAUCUUAGCGGGUGGUAUGUGUUGUUAAACUGCACAUAAUAAUUUAACAUAAGUAAUAAGGGAUAUAUCUAAAAGUUCAAUGAGACAAGAGAGGAUGAAUAAAAGUAUUAGAAUUUCUUUUGAA